CUUCCUUCUCCCCCACCCCCACCCCCUAUCAGUCUGAAGAAGGGUUUCAGCCCGAAACGUCGCCUAUUUCCUUCGCUCCGUAGACGCUGUUGCACCCGCUGACUGUCUCCAGCAAUUUUGUGUACCGACAAUUUGACAAGUUCACUUCCGCAAUCCUGCAGAGGAAAACAGAGGAGCAGAUGUGGGCAAAGGUGCUGAGGAAGGUGGUUUCUGCGGGCCCUCUGGCCUCUGCAGCCCCGCGCCUCAGAGCAAUGCCCGCCCCGGCGGCUGUCAGUGGUUAUGCUGGAGCCGGGGCGGCUCUGGGUGGUCACACUCGACAUUACUCAGAUACUCGUCCGCUCUCCGAGAUCCAAUUACAACAUUUAGAAGGCAGCAACUCGGGAAUUGCAACAAUUUUAAUGAACAGACCUCAUGCAAGAAAUUCCCUCGGAAAAGUAUUUGUUAUGCAGCUUGAAGAAAUCAUUGAAGAUCUGCAAAAAGACAAAAGUGUGCGUGUGGUGUUGUUCAAGAGCCAGAUCAAAGGAGUUUUCUGUGCAGGUGCUGAUUUGAAAGAACGAGCAGAAAUGACUAAUACUGAAGUUGGCCACUUUGUUCACAAGCUGCGAAGUUUAAUGAGCAAUAUUGCAUCCCUGCCCAUGCCCACCAUUGCUGCAAUAGAUGGCUUUGCACUUGGUGGUGGUCUGGAGCUGGCAUUGGCCUGUGAUCUUCGUGUGGCAGCAUCUUCAGCCAAAAUGGGUCUUAUUGAAGUUACCAGAGGCCUCCUCCCUGGAGCUGGUGGUAGCCAGCGGCUGCCUCGUGUUGUGGGAAUUAACAAGGCGAAGGAACUUAUUUUCACUGGUCGACAGGUUGAUGGCAAGCAAGCAGUGUCCAUUGGUCUCGUGAAUGACACUGUGACUCAAAAUGACGUGGGAGAUGCAGCUUAUCAAAAGGCUCUCGAUCUUGCCAAAGAGAUACUUCCACAGGGUCCAGUGGCUGUCAGGAUGGCAAAGCAAGCAAUGAACAGAGGCAUUGAGGUAGAUGUUACAUCUGGAAUGGCAAUUGAGGAAAUGUGUUAUGCUCAGGUCAUACCCACAAAAGAUCGAUUGGAAGGGAUGGCAGCAUUCAAAGAAAAACGAUUACCACACUUUACUGGAAAAUGAAAUAAAAUGCAUCUUUGAUCUGCAGUAUAAACUAAAUAAACUAAAUACAUUCACAGUUAA